GAAUUGCUCAUGCAGGAGCAUCCGUUGACUUAGCAAAUCUUUCGAUUACAUUUAGCGGAAAUAUCUUCAAUCUUCUAGGAGCUGUAAAUUAUUACCACGAGGAGGAGAUCCAAUUUUAUAUCAACAUUUAUUUUGAUUUUUUGGACAUCCUGAAGUUUAUAUUCUCCUUUAUCCUUUAUAUUCUCCCACCUGUCCCUUUCCCCUACCCCCAAACCAGCCUCCUAUUUUCUUUUUGCGUUGCCUCUCUCGUACCGUCUCAGCCGCGCCCCGCCCACUUCUUUGCUUUGCUGUGGACGCUUCCUGCAAACCACAAUGCACUCGCGCGCCUGAGGCCCGAUUGGGGCUCCAGCUCAGCUUCAGAGGGCAGGGGCUUUAUUCGUU